AUGUGGCGCCUGAAGCCAAGCGAGAUCUUGCCCGACGAAAAUGCGAUUCGCGCCAUGAUCAAGCCUGAGGAGGUCAGUCUUCUGGAUGCCAUGCAGCUGGGAAUCAAGGAGCUCGAGGACGCCGGCUACGAUCCCCGAAAUGCCAACAUUGACGAUGACGUCAUGGACAUGGAUGCUGAAGAAGACGACGAGGAUGAGGGCGGAAGCAAGGCGCCCAAGGGCGCCAAGAAGCCUGGCGAAAAGCAGGAAGAGACACUUGCCGACAAGAUGGCACCUUGGAAAACUACAAAGGCCUUCAUCGACGCCUGUGCGCAAAAGGCCAUGCUCCAGCUGCACGGCGAGGGUGACCCGACUGGACACGGCCUCGGCUUCAGUUUCAUCCGAACGUCCAUGAAGGGAGGGUACAUUGAGGCUGUUCAGGGCCCGUUGGCCACGUCGGCCGACGCCAUGGAGCGUGAGAAGCGCGCUAACGGCGGCCACGCCUAUAACGUCAAGAAGCAACAAGCAAUGUACGAGGAGGGCAUCAAGGAGAUUUGGGAGAAGCAAAAGGCAACGCUGUCCGACGCCCGGGAGCACGACGACAAGGACGUGGCAGUCACGGAAGACGAGGAUGAUCGAUUCAACGUUCACGCCGCCGCGACGCCGGCGCAAUUCGACGACGGCACCAGCCAAAUUAGUGGCUUCACAUCGGCUAGUCGCCAUGUCAAGAAAGCCAUCCGCAUCACGAGAGAGGUCCGCCUGCAGGACGGGUCGACGCAGACGCGAACCGAGGUCGUCCACGAUCCCGUCGUCAUCUCGCAGUAUAUGAAGCGGCGAACCGAGGCAGACUUGGAACUUAAGGAGUAUGUACUCAAGACGAUGCGAUGCAGGCCCCGCGGGGAGGCCCCCCGGGUCUGGAAGCGGCUGCCGUCACGUGUCAGGGCGCUUCACAAGUGGGCGUGCCUGGGUCACACGCAUCUCGGCCCCAAGAGACGACAAAUCUACUAG